GUAAAGAUUUAUUAAAAAUUAUACAGUGGCUUUAUAAGUCUAUUUGACAGCUUGAGCUCAGAAGAGCUUUCUUUUCUUCCCAUGUGAGAAGAAAGUCCACAAAUUCCAUGUCAAUAGCUCUCUCUUUCUCUCUUGUGCAGAUCUUGAGCUAACCCAUAAACAUAAACAUCAGAUUUAACCACAAAUCAACAUUUUUCAAUGGAGUCACACUUCUCUUUACUCACUGGAUCUGUUACUAAGCUCAGCUCCUUUACCAUUUUCCUUGUCUUCUUGCUUUCUUGCUGUACUUUCACUCCUAUAGAAGCCUAUGACGCUCUUGAUCCAAAUGGGAAUAUCACUAUCAAAUGGGAUGUGAUAAGCUGGACUCCAGAUGGCUAUGUUGCAGUUGUGACGAUGUAUAACUUCCAGCAAUAUCGCCACAUUCAAGCUCCAGGUUGGACAUUAGGUUGGACAUGGGCGAAAAAGGAAGUAAUCUGGAGCAUGGUGGGAGGCCAAACCACAGAGCAAGGGGAUUGUUCAAAAUACAAAGGAAACGUUCCUCAUUGCUGUAAGAAGGAUCCAACUGUUGUGGAUUUAUUGCCCGGAACUCCCUACAAUCAGCAGAUUGCAAAUUGCUGUAAAGGAGGGGUAUUAAAUUCAUGGGCACAGGACCCUGCUACGGCAGUAAGCUCUUUUCAAGUUAGUGUAGGUGCUGCUGGAACCUCUAACAAAACAGUUAGAUUGCCAAAGAACUUCACCUUGAAAGCACCAGGGCCUGGAUACACUUGUGGGCCGGCAAAGAUUGUGAGACCGACCAAAUUUAUCUCGAGUGAUAAAAGGAGAUCCACUCAAGCUUUGAUGACCUGGAAUGUUACUUGUACAUAUUCACAAUUCCUGGCUCAGAAGACACCCACCUGUUGCGUUUCUUUGUCCUCCUUCUAUAAUGAAACAAUAGUAAGCUGUCCAACUUGUGCUUGUGGAUGUCAAAACAGCACCACAGGAGCUGGGGCUGGGACCUGUGUGAAUCCUGAUUCUCCGCAUUUAGCAUCCGUGGUUAGUCCAACCAAAAAUGACAAUACACCUUUAGUGCAAUGUACCAGCCAUAUGUGUCCAAUUCGAGUACAUUGGCAUGUUAAGCUCAAUUACAAGGAAUACUGGCGGGUGAAGGUCACAGUCACAAAUUUCAAUUAUCGAAUGAACUACACCCAAUGGAAUCUAGUUGUGCAACAUCCCAAUUUUGAUAACCUCACUCAGAUUUUCAGCUUUCAUUAUAAACCACUAACUCCUUAUGAUGGAUUAAAUGAUACAGCUAUGUUAUGGGGAGUUCAGUUCUACAAUGAUUUUCUCUCACAAGCUGGUCCUCUAGGGAAUGUACAAUCAGAGCUGCUAUUCCGAAAGGACAAAUCAACUUUCACUUUUGAAAAGGGAUGGGCUUUCCCUAGGAGGGUUUAUUUUAACGGUGAUAAUUGUGUCAUGCCCCCUCCGGAUGCCUACCCAUGGUUACCAAAUGAUGGUUCCCGUCAACUUGUCUCUCUGUUUCGUCCUAUCAUGACAUUCUUGGUUUAUAUUGUCAUCAUUUCCGCUUGUGUGUGACAAAGCAUUUGAGGCAAACGACUAAAGCUAAAUGUUCUAACAAGCUGUACUGGCUCUGGUAUGACCUACCUUGGAACAUAAAAGAAGCUGGUUUGUGUGAUCAAACGUGACAAGUGCUGCAAGUUAUGCAACACUCGGUGCUCCAAGAGAAACAUAGCUUGUUAUACGGGUAUAGGCAGUGGUGUACUCAGUUUAUGAAUUGGCAAUUAGAAUUCUUUUUUUUUUUCCUACAAUUUUUGUCGGGUGAUAGCUGUUAUUCUAUAUGUUCUUUUAUUUGAUAAAGUAAAACUGUACUUAUGUUUAUGGUUAUUUAUGAUAAACGCUUAAAAUAUUUGUCUGUAGUAUAUUCACAGCAUGUGUUCUUAUUGUAAUAAGAAUUUACAAUUGAUUAAUGCA